AUGGGGCGCCUAAAACGACGAACUCAACAGUGUUCGGAUGAUGGAAUUAGCAUAGAUGAUGAAGUUGGGUGGACCGAUGAGGAUGAAGCGGAGCAGCUUUUUUUAGUUUUAACUAAAAAUAUGAAAGCAUUGAAACAUUCCAAAUGUCCAUUAGUAAAU